CACUCACCUUAACCGACACCAUUCCAAUCGAUAGUUUCUUAAAAAUUUUAUCUACUUCUUCAUCUUCUCCCAAUGGAGUGUUAUGUUGUAAUAAUCACUAUAUUUUUAGUCCUGAACUUAGUUGAAGGUGGACCACAAGUACCUUGCUAUUUCAUUUUUGGGGACUCCCUACUUGAUAAUGGCAACAACAAUGAACUUAAAACCGCAGCAAGAGCUAACUAUCUACCAUAUGGAAUUGACUUCCCAUCAGGUCCUACUGGCCGAUUCAGCAAUGGCCGGAAUAUGGCUGACUUUCUAGCGGAAAAACUUGGUUUUGAUCGCUACAGUCCACCUUUUGCAAGUGCAAAGCUGGGUUAUGAGCUAUUGCAAGGUGUGAAUUAUGCAUCUGGUUCAGCUGGAAUUCGCAAUGAUACAGGAAGUCAUCUUGGCUAUCGGAUUUACUUGGGCAAACAAUUGGAGAAUCAUAAAGUCAUAAUUAACCGUCUUGCUUAUUUGAUGGGGAGUAGAACCUCAGCCAAAAAGCACUUGAAUAAGUGCCUCUAUGUUGUGGGAAUGGGAAGCAAUGACUACAUCAACAACUACUUGAUGCCUGAAAAAUAUGCCUCAAGUCUUUUAUACACACCAAGUCAGUACGCAACAGUCUUGAUAGAUCAAUACUCCCAACAGCUAACAGAAUUGUAUGAAGGUGGAGCAAGGAAAAUCGCACUUUUUGGACUGUCCCAAAUAGGUUGCAUUCCAGAUCAGUUAAAAAAACACAGCACACUUUUAUGUGUGGAUUCAACAAAUAAGGCAGUUCAAUUAUUCAACCAACACCUAAAAACUCUUGUUGAUGAUCUCAAUACCAAAUUUCCAGAUGCACAAUUCACAUACAUAAACAUGUAUGGCAUUUCAUCCGCGAUCGCUCUAACUCUUUUGAAUACUCCAUGCUGCCAAGUUAAUGAGGCUAUACCUGAAGGGCAAUGCAUUCCUAGAAAAUCUCCAUGCUUCCUUAGGGCUGCACAUUUCUUCUAUGAUAAUUUUCAUCCAACUGAACUUGGCAAUUCCCUCUCUGCAAAUAGAGCUUACAGUGCUCUUCUACCCUCUGAUGCUUAUCCUAUGGAUAUUCAUCACUUGGUCAUGGGCAACAAAAUGUACGUUGAUGACCAGUAAUUUUCAUGUGUUUCACGAUUUUCGUGUGUAAUAAUCGUGUAUGAAUGUACAUACGCUCUAUAGUAAAAAUUUAAUGUGUGUGCGGUUUUGUUUUCUUGAAUUGGAAUAAAAUAGUUUAUAUUAUGAUCCUAGAAGUUGUUUCUUGUGAAAUUAUAUAUUGGGCAUUCAGUCUU